AUGGCCUUUGAAUCCCUCCUGGGGUCGAUUGACCCCGUGCCUCUCUCUGAGCCGCCAUCCUCUCAUCUUCACUGUGCUCGGCUGUGGGCUUUUGUCCUGUUGGCCCUCGUCGCUCUCUACCUCCGCAUGUCGAGGCACGCGCAACAAAAUGCCGACUUCACCCUUGCGAACCCGCCCAAGUGGUACGAGUUGAAAAUCGUCAAGCAGAUCCGUUUUCUGUUCAACGGCAUCAGCGAACUAGACAAGGCUAGGGAAAAAGCCAACGGAAACCCAUUCCGGCUCCUCACAAACUCGCGUGAAAUUAUUGUCCUGCCACCGUCCUACGCAGAGAUCCUCAACGCCGAAGAUAGAUUAAGUUUUGCAAAGUAUUUCGCCGACGAAUUCGAUGGCGAUGGCAAAACUCCUGGUUUGGAGCCGUAUACUCUCAUUGCGGACCCUUGCAAAACAGUUCCGAAGUUGGUCACCAAGCGUUUGACAAGGUCAUUAAACACGAUCCCCAUCAAGAUGUCAUCUGAAGCUAGCUUCGCCAUUGAAUAUAAUUUCGGUGGUGGUGUCAACUGGCAAGAAGUUGCUAUACAUCAGCAUCUUCUCGACGUAGUUGCACGCAUGAUCUCUCGUCUUUUUUGGGAUGGCGACGAAGUAUGCCGGGAUGAACGGUGGCUUCAAAUUAUGAAAGAAUGGUCAGUCAACAGCGUCAUCGCCGCCUUCAUGAUCAAUAUGGCGCCUAGUUUUGCUCGACCACUCAUCCGCCGAUUCUCCCCUACUGUCCGGCGAGCUCGCGACGACUACCAAGCUGCGCGUCAGUUUAUCGAGCCGCUUAUUAAUGUGCGCCGCCAGGCCCGCGAAAAGGCCCGCGAGUCUGGCGAGAGGGCUCUCGCGUUCGACGACAUUGUGGACUGGAUUGACUCCGAGAAUGAAGAAUUGACGUGUGAUCCUGUUGCUCUGCAAAUGGUACUCAAUGUUGCCGCUGUUCAUACCACGGCGGCGCUGGUCACCAAUACUAUUUCGUUCCUGGCCAGCGACCCGUCCACUUUGGAGCCCCUUCGGCAAGAAUUGGUGGCUGAGCUUCGAAGCAACGGGUGUCAGGCCGCCGCCUUAAACAACCUCAAAUUACUGGACAGUGCCAUCAAAGAAUCACUUCGCUUGAAGCCCCCAGGUGUUUUUGGCAUGCAUCGCGCCGCCUUGCAGGAUAUGCAACUACCCAACGGGAUGCGCAUCCAUAAAGGCGAUCGUGUCUUUGUAGAUAUUCCUCAUAUGCGCGACCCCAAUAUCUACGAAUCUCCAAACACCUACGACAUGUACCGUUUCUAUCGCAUGCGCGGCCAGCCUGAUCAAGCCCUAAAGGCACCUCUGGUUCACACAAGCCCAGAGCACUUAGCCUUUGGACACGGAGCCCAGGCGUGCCCAGGGAGAUUCUUCGCUGCCAUUCUUAGCAAAGUUGUGCUGUCUCAUCUUUUGCUCAAGUACGACUGGAAACUCGCUCCAGACAGCGAUUUGACGUCUCUGGCGAUUGGGUUGACAAAGCGGAUCAACCCAAAGUUGAAGUUGCUGUUCAGACGGCGCAACGAAGAGUUUGAGUUGAGCUGA